AGUAUUGUGGGAAUAGGCUGGAGAAAGGAGCGGGACGGAAGUUGUCCUUCCCACUUUACUUCGGAGCCCAAGGGACCUCUAGAUACUGCCUAGAAUAGUUCCGGGUUAGGAUUCCAGUGUUACUAGAGCUUCCUUCACUGUGGAAAGUGUUCCCGGUGGGGAUAAAUUACGUUGUGUCCCUAUUUCUAGUUGUUUUGGUUUGAGCUGGAAAGGGGGCGGAGAAAGGGGAGCCCGCGAGCGGCGUCUCUCUUCUGGUUCCCGUGCUCGGCUUCCGGCGGCCUGAAGACACUAACUACGAAUUGAGAGACCUGUGGGGAGCAUCUGCAAUCGCACCUUUCCUGUUUUAACAACAGCUGUACUUUACCGAAGUGGGCAAGCAUGGGAGAUUCGUUUUUGAGCUUCUGUUGAUAAGAUUGUGAGAAAUUAACAGUAACCAUCAAGGAGAAAAAUGUCGGUGACACUGCAUACAGAUGUAGGUGAUAUUAAAAUAGAAAUCUUCUGUGAGAGGACACCCAAAGCUUGUGAAAAUUUCUUGGCUCUCUGUGCCAGUAAUUACUACAAUGGCUGUAUAUUUCAUAGAAAUAUAAAGGGCUUCAUGGUUCAAACAGGAGACCCCACAGGUACUGGAAGAGGAGGGAACAGUAUCUGGGGCAAGAAAUUUGAGGAUGAAUACAGUGAAUAUCUUAAACACAGUGUUAGAGGUGUUGUAUCUAUGGCUAAUAAUGGCCCAAAUACCAAUGGAUCUCAGUUUUUCAUCACCUAUGGCAAGCAGCCACAUUUGGACAUGAAAUACACAGUAUUUGGAAAGGUAAUAGAUGGUCUGGAGACUCUAGAUGAAUUGGAGAAGUUACCAGUAAAUGAGAAGACAUACCGACCUCUUAAUGAUGUGCACAUUAAGGAUAUAACUAUUCAUGCCAACCCAUUUGCUCAGUAGCUAUAAUAGACAUGGGCGAAUAUGUGGCAAACUCUUUGAGGAACACACCUAUUGUGGUUUCCCCAGUUUUAAUUAUGUCAGAGAUUGCGUCAUCCUACUUGUCUACAACUAACUUCUGAGUUACUGGUACCAAGGGGAACCAAAUACCUUUUAUUCUCAUUCUUAGAGCAUAUUCUUUACUAUAAUUAUCCGAUGUAUUUUAGUUAAAAAAAAUUGUUUAAUUUUUGUUACAUAAAAACAUUCAUUUUUAAAUGCUGAGCUUCAAAUCAGUUACUUUUGAGCACCCUAAUUAUAAACUCCUACUAUAUCUAGCCCACAUCAUGGAAGUAUUAUUUUCCAUUAAUUAUUCACUUAAUGGAAAAAAAUCAAUUACCAUUGAUUUUCUCAAGAACCAUGUUCUACUUACUGCCAAGGUUACCUUGAUUUUGUGUAUUCCUGAGACAUUUUGGUUUGUAUCAUUUUUGCAGAUGGCUGAUCUCAAUGUUCUUUUUGUAACUACAGUUUAGGAGUUAGCUUGUAGCUGUCCUCUUGCUACCAUUUAUAUAUCUUCCACUAAACGGAGGUGCUAGUUAUACUA